AUGAUAUAAGAAGAAAAUUUGAUUUAGUUGGAUUAAAAUAUGAUUAUAAGUGAUUUUAAAUUAAACACAAUGUUAUGUUGUUCAUAAGAAUCAAUUAGUUAAUCGAAAACAUAAAAUAAUGGAGAUAUAAGUUAAUAGAAAUAAAAUGAUUAAAUAUUAUUUAAUCAAACCAGCUUAGGCUAAAGCAUUUUAAUAAAGGAAGACACUUAGCAUGAAAAAAACUAAAUGAAUAAUUUAAUUUCCUACAAAAAUAUGUUAGUAGAAGUAGAAGAUGAAUAAAAUUAGUAAGGCCUAUAAAUUAACUUAUAAAAGGUAUUAAGCGAAAAUGCAAAAUCUACUGAUAACGGAAGCGAAAAUGAUAAUCAAAGAGAGUCUCUUAUAUAAGAUGCUCAUGAUAAUAAAUAAAUAGAGCAAACUAAUAACAAAAAAUAAGGAAAAAAAAUACAUUUCAAUUUAGAAAAUAAUUAAAUAUGCAAAUAAAACUAUAUGAUUAAGUCAAACAGUUUAGAAUUUAAGUAUCAAACUCACAAUUAAGAAUUAUUUAUUUGCGACCAUCAUAAUACUUUUGAUAAUUGCUAUGAAAUCAAGCAGCAAUCUAACAGCGUGAAUACUAGUAUCUGCUAAAGUCCUCGAAAUGGAGAUGAUUCCCAAUAAUUUAAUAAAGAAGAUUCCUCUUUUUCUGAUAAUGGAGAUAACUCUUACUAUUAAGCAUAAAGCUCUUCAAAAAAAAGCAAAUUUCACUCGGAAUUUUUUAAUUAAGAAUUCAGUAAUUCAGACAAUCAGUUUUUUUCAGAUAAUAAAGAUAAUAUUCAUAACAUCUAAUAACCCUAUUUAAAAUAAAUAAAAUCUUAAGAUAAUAAUUAUUUGGGUCAUAAAUUUGAUGAUUAAUUUGAAGACAAGAGUAAAAUUUUAGAAAUUUUGCUGUAAAAAAAUGGAUAAAAUUAAGAACCUCUAAAUAGAAAAUAAAUUCAAAAAUUGAAUAAAGUAAAUAAAGCUAUUGUUUCAAUCUAAAGGCUAGCUAAAACCCACCCUAAAAAAAUAAAUUCUAUUUUUCAAUUAGAGGAUGAUUUAAAAUCAUACAGAAAUAGGUCAAUGUCUAAGCACUCUCAAUCAAAUUAAUAAAAGAAAAAAGAAACUAAUUAAGUCGAAGACAAUGAAUUAGAAAAUGAAACACAUAAAGAGCAAGAUCAUCAUUCUUAGAAAAAUUAUAAGUAGGCAUUUGAUGAAAUAAGAAGAAAAGAAAAAAUGAGUUUUUUAUGCGAAAGAGGAUCAGAAGAAGACAUAAAAUGUAUUAAAUAGCUUUUAGAAACUGAUCCAAGAAAGUAUCUUAGAGACACAAAAGACCCUGAGCACUUUCUGAGUUCAAGAAAUGUGAAAGGAUUGACUCCUAUUUAUAUAGCCUGCAAAAAUGGAAAUCUUGAAGUAGUAAAAUUUCUAAUUAAAUCAAAUUGCAACUACAUGGUCACAAGUAAAAUAUAAAAAUAAUUAGAAGAAACUCCUUUUGAGACCGCUCUUAGAUGGAAUCAUGUAGAAAUUUGUAAAUUUAUGCUAGAAAAAUGUAUAUUUGAAGAUAAGUAUUUAAUUUCGUGCCUUCCUUUAUGCUAAAAUUAAUCAAUGAAAACAAUUAUUGAAAGCAAGAUUAAAAAAAAAUCUACUGCUUGUAAUAUUUUCUGA